AAACACCGUCUCAGGCUCCAAGCUUCCAACCUUCACUCUCAGGAGAGCACCAGUGCGUCAGCUUUAGUCGCAAGUGAAUGGGUUUUUUAAUGUGCAAAAGUCCACUUCCUGCUUCCUGGAGCUGCGCUUUUGUUUUCAUCCAUCCAUCCAUUUUCUGAGCCGCUUCUCCUCACUAGGGUCGCGGGCGUGCUGGAGCCUAUCCCAGCUGUCAUCGGGCAGGAGGCGGGGUACAUCCUGAACUGGUUGCCAGCCAAUCGCAGGGCACAUUGGAACAAACAACCAUUCGCACUCACAGUCAUGCCUACGGGCAAUUUAGAGUCUCCAAUUCAUGCAUGUUUUUGGGAUGUGGGAGGAAACCGGAGUACCCGGAGAAAACCCACGCAGGCACGGGGAGAACAUGCAAACUCCACACAGGCGGGGCCGGGGAUUGAACCCGGGUCCUCAGAACUGUGAGGCUGACGCUCUAACCAGUCGUCCACCGUGCCGCUUUUGUUUUCAGACUUCAAUCAAUCAUACUUGGACUGUUUAAGACCAAACCUUGAUGCAUUUAUUAUCAUUGAACUGAGAUUUGCCAAGUGAAACAUGAAAAUGGGAUAACGGCUGGUGGAGGGAGUGUCAGGUUAAGCAAACAUUCAAGUGCAUAGUCACACGUACAUCGAAAGUAUACAGUACAGCAGGGGUGUCAAACUCAAAUUCACGGUGGGCCAAAAUCAAAAAUUGGGACUACGUCGCGGGCCAAACUCCACGACUCGGAAAAGAUAAGGGUAGCACUAAUAAACGCACAAAGGGCCGUAAGAAUUCCUUUGAUGUAGAAAUACAAAGAAAGGAUGGUUGGCUUGAUAACUGCUCAAAACACUUGGUCCUCUCAAAAAGAAUUCUGACUUCAGUAAUGGUUAAAUAUACUGCAUUAUGACUUAUUCAUUCACUCAUCUUCCGCUUCUCCUCACGAGGGUCGCGGGCUGCUCGAGGCUAUCCCAGCUAUCUUCGGGCGGGAGGCGGGGUACACCCUGAACUGGUCGCCAGCCAAUCGCAGAUGCAGAUUUCAAAUCAACUUUAAUUUUUAAUGCAUCUCAAUAUUCGAAUGAACCUUGCUGGUUCCAAUCCUGGCAUAAUUUACUUUCUCUCAGUAGUGGACUGGUCGGGUUAUAGCAGAGGGCUUAUUUAAUAUAUUUAUUUUAAAUCCAAAGCAUUGACGUCCCUGUCGGCCUAUUAUUGGGAGCCUUUUAUUUUUAAGGGGGGGCUGGCUUGACUUCAUUUGGCUCGAGUCGAUGGCCUGUCGCUUUCAAUAGUUCUGCCGUAGAGGAUCCUGGGUAAUACAUCUCCUUUCCCUUCUCGCCAUGCGGGAGGAGGGCCGAUCGUGCUUCAGCAAAUCUUCCUGAAUUUGGACCGAAUGUUGUGAAUCCUCGACGCGGGACGCCCCUGAUCACGACUUUCGUGGACUAAAACAUCAUUCGUGCAAUCUUCCUGUCCGGUUGGAGUCGUCUCGUGCAGGUUGAAGCUUCUCGGCCUAGCCUAGCUUAGCUUUUCUUAGCUUAGUUUAAUUUAGCUUAGCUUAGCUUAGCUUAGCUUAGCUUGCGAACGAAGAGAGGCGUUUGUGAUCAACACUUCGUGAAGCAGACGUCAAGCGUGAGAGCCGAUCGUGUUGUGAUCGUCGUGCGAAAAUGUGUGCAAGAAGGACAGCAGAGUACGAGGAGGAACUUUGGGUACCAAAAGAGGAGAAGGAGCCACAACGUCAACUACUGGACGCUGUGUUCAAUCUGCAACCUCAAACUGUGCAACGCAGAGCAGACAUCGCUGGAGAUCUUCGUGCUGAGCGGCAGGAGGCAGAGGCCCCUCGCAUUAAAGAGGAAGUGAAGGACGAAGAGGUCCACCACAUCAAAGAGGAAGAGGAGCCCAUUUCAAUUAAAAAAGAGGAGAAAGAACUGCACCCCCAUAUCAGACAGGAAAAGGAGGAGGAUAUCACCAAGUUUCCAUCGACUGGUGUCCCUUUGAAAAGUGAAGGUGAAGGUCAAAGUGUGGAGAGCAGAGGGGCGGAGCCUCCAAGCAGCAGCUCAAGUCAACACAUGACAAGAGAAGCUGAUGGAGACCACUGUGGAGGAUCACAAGCAGACGGCCUCUUUGGUCCACUAUCAGAUAGUGACGACAUGACGUCGCACUCUGCUCACGAUGAUGAUGAUGGACAGUCUGAAAUUGAUAUGACAUUUCAGACUGACAACAAACGAUGGAAAUGUUCUCAGUGCGGGAAAACAUUUGAUAAUAAGAGCACUUUUAAACAACACGUGAGAACACAUACUGGAGAAAAAACAUUUUCCUGCACAGUUUGUGGCCAAAGAUUCUCUAUGAAGGCAAGCUUAAAAAUACACACAAGAACGCACACUGGUGAGAAACCUUUUUCCUGCACAGUUUGUGGUCAAAGAUUUUCUGUGAAGAGAUAUUUAAAAAUACACACAAGAACUCACACUGGUGAGAAACCUUUUGUCUGCUUAGUUUGUGGUCAAAGAUUCACUCAGAAGGGAAGCGUAAAAAUCCACACCAGAACCCACAGUGGUGAGAAACCUUUUUCCUGCACGGUUUGUGGCCAAAGAUUCACUCAUAAGGGAACCUUGAAAAUACACACAAGAACCCACACUGGUGAGAAACCCUUUUCCUGCUCAGUUUGUGGUCAAAGAUUCUCUCGAAAGGGACUUUUGACAAGUCACACAAGAACACACACUGGUAUGAAGCCUUUUUCUUGCUCAGUUUGUGGUCAACGAUUCUCUCAGAAGGAAAACUUAAAAAGACACACAAGAACGCACACUGGUGAGAAACAUUUUUCCUGCUCAGAUUGUGGCCAAAGAUUCUCUCAGAAGCAACACUUAAAAAGACACACAAGAACGCACACUGGUGAGAAACCUUUUCCCUGCUCAGUUUGUGGUCAAAGAUUCACUCAUAAGGAAACCUUGAAAAUACACACGAGAACCCACACUGGUGAGAAACCCUUUCCCUGCGCAGAUUGUGGCCAAAGAUUCUCUAGGAAGGGAUAUUUAAAAAUGCACACAAGAACACACAUUGGUGAGAAACCUUUUUCCUGCUCAGAUUGUGGCCAAAGAUUCUCUCAGAAGGAAAACUUAAAAAGACACACAAGAACGCACACUGGUGAGAAACCCUUUUCCUGCUCAGAUUGUGGUCAAAGAUUCACUCAGAAGGGAAACUUAGUAAUACACACCAAAACCCACACUGGUGAGAAACCUUUUGCCUGCUCAGUUUGCGAUCAAAGAUUCUCUGUGAAGGGAUACUUAAAAAGACACACAAGAACCCACACUGGUGAGAAACCUUUUUCUUGCUCAGAUUGUGGCCAAAGGUUCUCUUCUCAGCAUCAGGUUAAGACACACAAGUGUGCUGGUGAGAAUAGCAGUGCUCAAGAAGCUUUCGAUGAAUAUGUAAAUGUUGAAUUUAAAAAGUAAUUACUAUGUUACUGUCAAAAAACUACAUUCUUGCAUUCUGUGUACCAGCUUUUAUUGUUCUCGAUCUUCUUGUUGACCAUAUAUUUUCUAAAAGCCCCGCGAGUGUAAAGAAAUAACAUUGGUGCCAAAAUACUUUAAAGAGACUCGUUAGUGGUCUGAACAUGGGCACUUAUUCCAUCGUGCUGGACUCAUAAAUGAUGUCUGCAGUAAAAAAGCCCUCCAAAAUAGAUUCAGUAGUAAUUUUAGAAUAAUUUACUGAUGAAAUAUUUGAUUUUCAGCCAGAUGUUGGCCCACUCACAUUUUGGACAUGUCAGCUUGUCACAGCCUGACACACAACGAGCAGGAGUGGAUUACAUUUCGUCAUUGAACUUCUGUUUUCCAUGGUAUAAUUUUUGCCCAUAUUGAAGGUCUGGGACAAUAAUGACGAUUUGUUAAAAGGUGCCCUGCGAUUGGCUGGGCCGCCUCUCACCCGAAGAUAGCUGGGAUAGACUCCGGCCCGUCCACGACCCUAAGCGAGGAUAAGCGGUACAGAAAAUGGAUGGAUGGACUGUUGGAAUGCCUCCUUGAGGAAAGACGACAGCCACGUCAUGGCACAUGAAGUCAUUCUUGCAGAUUUAUUUCCUCAAACAUCAGUUCAAUUUUGAAUUGAUGCACCACAAAUGUAUAGUGUAUGUAUGUAUAGAUCACAAAGGCGUUUCUGAAGGUGGCAUUGUGUGACUGAUGUGGACUUCGGCUGGCUGUCAUAAUGUGGGACGACCCAUAACGAAGCUCUCCUGUCCAGAAACUGGGGCUGAUCUGACUUGAGUUUAUCUGAUCCAUAAAAACAAAAAUAUUGGGCUGAUUGUUGUACUACUUUCAGAGGUUUAAGCUGCCAUUAGUAGAUCUGUCCGCGUAAAUUUUGGUGAUGAUUAUUGACAGCUUUUGGAUAUUAAGCUGCUUUUAUUGGGUUCAUGUAUGAGGCUUGCAAGGAUGUGGCACUCGCCUGCCGUAUUUUUGGCAUUUUAAUGAUGACGUCCUUAUCCAUCUCAAUCCACAAAAUGUUUUUUAUUAUUUUAUUUAAGCAGUUUAAAUUUGUGAUUGAACAUACAUUUUGGGUACUAGCUGUUGCUCAUGUGAUGCAAUGAUAUAUGAUAAGAUGGUGGGUUUUUUUUUAUUUCCUGAAAAUAAUUUUGAAGGUGCUGGGAUUCCGCCUGACAGCUAUGUUUGUAUAAAAUAUGUCUGAUAACUUCCACUUUAUAGUAUAGUACAUUGCUUUUCCCACAACAGCUAUGCCAGUGCUUUUCAAUCUUGGCAAUGAAAAAGGGGCAUUUUGAAAGUUAUUUACCAAUUGCUUCAAAACAUUCUGAUAUUGGAAAUGACUGCCAGUUUAAUUUUCUACAGCAAAAAAUACAGGAAAUAAACUUGUUAGUGAAAUAUGGCCCAUGAAGACCCAUACUUCCUUUGAGCAAUGCAUGCAUUUGUCCAAUGUUUUAGUGAUGUCAAUAUCAAUUGACAUCAUUGAUUGAAAUAGACUCAAAAAAACUUUUGACUUUUGGUGCUAAACUGUAAAGUGUAUAUGUGAUCCUUAAUAAAGUACACUGCUUAAAACAAUGA